AUGGCGUGAACUUUAAGCAUGGGAAGAAUGGCCCUGGUGCAGCUUGCCUGUCUGACGGUGAAGCACGUGUGUAAGUGUUUGCAAGACUGGACUGAGCUGGGUGAAACUCCGUGCAAGGAGCCAGCGUAGAGGCCAGGCUCCAGUAACUGCUCACAGCCACGGGGAGGUUGUCAGAUCUUGGCUGUCCAGGCAGCAGCUUCCUCUUUGUUAAAUCACCUCCCAUCUGUAGGGGAGAGACUUUUCUUGGCGACUUACUCUAUGUUGUGGUGAUUGGGGUCCCCUUCCUUUACAGGAGCAAAUCCCCAUCUACGCCCCUACCCAGGGAGCAGCCUGAUUUCCUUAGACACUAGUAGCUGGGGCUUUGCCUAGUUCUAAAUGAUCCACCCCAUGCUUUGGAGGAGGCUUAUUGCAGGUGGAAGAGAUCUCACUGGGCCCCAGGGCGCUGGAACAAUCAGUGAGCUGUCCCGGGGCCAUUGCCUCUGGGGGGAGGGACUUGGGGAAGGCCCCUCCCGCUCCCAAGGAUGUGCUGGGGAAGGAGCCGUCUUCUCUGCAGAGCCGGAAGCCCAUCCUGUCCACUGCUGCUCCCUCCCGCAAGCAGGGCUGCAGGCCCCCGAGGUCAUUGGGGAGCAGCUGCAGAGGGAAGGAAGACAGCUUGGAGCUGUGUUUUACAAGGAGCUCGCAGCUGCUGUCUCAUGACUGGCUCGGUCUCCUGGAAGGUGGCUCUACUCUCGAAGCCAUAAAGAAGAGGAGCAGAGAAGCGGCAGCAGUGCAGGGAGCUCCAGCUGCUGGGAGCCAAGGCAGAGAGGGGGCAGCUGUACCUCCUGCCCCGUGCUGAGCCAGGGAAAAUGAGCAGCCCGUCCACCCAGAGCAGGGAGCAGAACGAGCCGCUCAGGUACCUCAGCCGCGUGGAGGCGGAAGCCAUCGAGAAGGAGCUGCUGGAAGAUUACAGAUUUGGUCGCCAGCAGCUGAUUGAGAUCUGGGGACACGCCAGUGCCAUGGCUGUGACCAAGGUAUUCCCUCUGCCGUCCCUCCCAAGGAAGCAGCCCACAGUGCUUGUGGUGUGUGGUCCCGAUCAGAACGGUGCCAUCGGCUUGGUGUGCGCGCGACAUUUGCGGGUGUUUGAAUACGAGCCGACCAUCUUUUACCCCAAGCGGUCCCUGAAUUCCCUGUAUCGGGAUUUCACCACCCAGUGUGAAAAGAUGGACAUCCCCUUCCUCUCGUACCUGCCGACGGAGGUCCAGUUGAUCAAUGACGCCUACAACAUGGUGAUCGACGCCAUCUUGGGAGCCGACGCUGAGCCUGGGGAGGUGAAGGAGCCAUACGCCAGCAUCUUAGGCACCCUGAAACAGAUCCGGAUCCCCAUCAUCAGCCUGGAUGUGCCCUCAGGGUGGGACGUGGAGACGGGAAACAGUGAGGGAAUCAGCCCUGACAUCCUCGUCUCCUUGACCGCACCCAAGCAGUGCGCAACCCACUUCCUGGGCAGGCACCACUUCCUCGCUGGCCGCUUCCUGCCCUACGAUGUGCAGAAGAAAUUUGAGCUCAACCUGCCCAAAUACUCAGGCACAGAGUGUGUGGUUUCGCUUUAAGGCUCUGGGGGGAGUGGGGGAGGGGAGUUGGGGGUGGGGAAAGAGGAAAAGCCACCCAGCUCCUCCAGAAUAAAAAGGCUUCAAAGCGUUUUGUAUUUUUUGAGCAGCUGGGUGACUCCCUGAUGGGAUGCUGUGUCCAGGCAGCAGGGCCUGGCUUCCCAUCCAGAGGCCAUGCAGCUCCCAGGGAGUGCGUCUGCUGGCAGGAGGUCCUUGGGCAUCUCAGGCCACUGUGACCAAGCCUUCAUGUUGAUCAUUUAAACUGGUGGGGGUGCCCAGGGGAUCAAAGGCAGUGCUGAACCGAACCCCUCCCCUCCCAUGGGUCCCAUGCCCCCAGUGUCUCAACCCAGGGCGCGGGGUUGAAUUGUGGAGUCACAGGGGCAACUGUGUCAUUUUGCGGCAGGGUGAGGAAGGCCGGGUGGCUUGUUCCUGGGCUGCCAGGAGCUCAGAUACCCCAGCAACAGGCACUCAUGUAAGCGCCUUGCUGAAUAGGUCCCUCCAAGGUGAAUUGUCUCCCAAAGGUAGGUAGGGGAUGUACGGCAGGAAGAAACGUGCGCUCGGCCCCUGGCAGGACGGGCCCAUCUGACCUCAUAGGCCUUUCCCAUCACUCCCUGUCCUGAUCCACGCGUUGGGGUUUCUCAAUGCCCUUUUCACAGGAACCCUUUGUAAACAGGAGCCUGCUCUGUAGCCAGCCAGUUGGCAGGUUGCUGCUGCCACGGGCUGAGGAAAGAGCAGAGAGAGGCAGGAUCAGGAGGCGAUUUCCUCCAGCAGCAGUUAGUGCAGCUCUCGCCCCCCGGGCCUCGGUUACUGCUCUUGUCGGCGAUCUGUCCGCAUGUGGAAAGGGAAGGAAACAACCUCCCUCUGCACUUGCUGUAACCGCCCAGCUGCCCCUCAGCCAGAGAACAGGGCUCUCCUUGGGUGGCUGGCUGCUGUGCUCUGGACAUUGGGCCUAGAAGGUUUCUGUGCUGCUCUCCCCAAGCUGCCAAGAGCUAGGUGUCACUGAGCCGCCCUGGAGCUGGGGGAAUGGCUGGGUGGCCAUCGCCCAAGGGGUAACCACCGAGGAAGGCCAUGGGUUCACAGGAUGGUCAGCAUCGCCCUGCUUAGCAGGUGUCCCCCAGCACUGGCUCAAUGCAGUGAUGGGGGUGGGGGUCCAGUGCAUGUCACUAGCAAAGGAUUCCCCUAGAGGUAACAGGGACCCAGGCUAGGACCAUGGCCACCAGGCUAACUACCGCAGGCAACAGUGAUUUGGGCAGCUCCCUAGUGAAUCCUGCCCAAAGCGGUGGCUGGUGCUGUUCCUAGCCCAGCUGCUUUGCCAUGAGGGGAGAAACUUGCAUUUUUCUGCAAAUCAGUGAAAUCUCCAGGGGCCAGAUGCACCCCCUCCCUGCCCCCCGCAUCAUCUUCCACCUGUUCUGAGCUAAAGCUCUUGGUGGCCACUCCAUUUGCACGAGCUCCUGGUUUCCAGGUGCAGCAAAACAAAAAAGCAAUGCUUAGGUAGUAGCGUUUCCUUUCCCCCGUGCAAACUCCCCUGGGAACUGGCCUGGCAAGUGUUCUCUGAGGCUGGGUGAGACCGAUUUUAUUACAAGUGCUUAGUUCCUGUUAGCAGCCCUGCCUCCCUCCCUGUACUGUUAGCAAGACCCUGCAAGAGAGGGGGAUGUGCUGCUGUUUACGCAGCGAACGCUCCAUCCCAGCUCAGCUUGUUCCAUUUAUGCUGGUACAUUUCUUCUUUGGGGAGCUAGAGUUUGUACGACGCUGUAGCAUUGAUGCUGAGUGAGAGCAUGGCUUGGUCUUGGGAAGCCCACGCAACGUACUGCCCGGUCCAGGGGGCUGCACGGCCUCCCCAAAUCCCACCCAAUAUGCUGCCUUGGGGCCCUCGGUGCCAGCAGAUAACAUAAGAACAUAAAAAUGGCCCUACUAGGUCAGACCAAAGGUCCAUCUAGCCCAGUGUCCUGUUUUCCGACAGCGGCCAGAGCCAGGUGCCCAGAGGGAAUGACCAGACCAGGGAAUCAUCAGGUGAUCCAUCCCCUGUCGCUCAUUCCAAGCUUCUGGCAAACAGAGGCCAGGGACACUAUGGCAGCAGGACCUGCCCCCGCUCCCCCUCCCAUAGCAUUUAAGGUGGGGCCUGGGAUGAGUCACACAUGGCCUGAUUCUCCACCAGGGCAGCCAAGCGGAGUUUUGUCCUUGACCUCAUUGGAAGCAAGAUCAAGGCCAGAGCCUCCCUACAGCUUCCUUCUCCCCAGGCACAUGAGCCAAGUGACUUGCUUGCAUGGCCCCUAGUGGCUCCGCAGGGCCACAGCUCUGGCCUGGUUAUGCCCCAGGAUGCUUUGGCCACUCCCCCCAUGGACUCUGUUUUUUCUGAUGGAGGCCCUGUGGCGCUGUCUGGACGCUGAUUUUCCAGCUCCUGCCUUUACCUCCCCUGACCUGAGCACGCCACUGAGCCACAAGCGGGAGGCCCAUGACCUGCUGUGCUCUGCCAAACCUACCAUCAUGCCGCCCUCCGAGGUCAUGCGAGGUAACCUGCAGGCUGGGCAGGGCGAGCCAGGGGAAUUGCGCAUGUGUGUGUAGACAGUGAUGUAUUAUCCAGGUCAGUGACCGCAGCGUCCACCCCACAGGGGGAACUGAACGGACUAGAGAAUCAGGGCCAGGCAUUGUGUGGUGGAGCACAGCGGGGCAGAUCGCUCCGUUGGGAUUUGUUCCUGCAGGUGUUGAAUGUUUCUGUGUCUCUGGGCUCCUGGAGCUUUGUUGUUUGCGCCUAAACAGAGAGCCAGGGGAGAACGCUGCUAAUAAAGAUGGGCUUGGAACCGA